AUGCCCAAGUUCAUCUAUUCGGGAAGAAGUGACUUACGAACGUUACCUAAUACUAUGAACGCUCCAGACAGAUUUGAACUAUUUAUAUUGCCAGAUGGCGUCGAAAAGAUAAAGAUCACGCCUGACUCAAAAGUACCCAACGCCGCCAUCAUAAAGAUUGAAAGAGAGGACCACACAUUAGCUAACCUAUUAAGAGCACAGCUUCUCAAGGACGACAGAGUCAUCUUUGCUGCCUAUAAAGUCGAGCACCCUUUGUUUGCCAACUUUGUAUUGAGAAUCCAGACCGAAGAUGACUAUUCACCUAAAGAAGCUCUUAAAAAUGCAUGCAAUUCCCUCAUUGCUGACUUACGAGAGAUUCUGAACAAGUUCCAAAGAGAAUGGGCCUUGAAGGGGUUGAUGACACACAACGAGGAUGAAUAUUGA